AUGUCGGAAGAAGAACAAAACCCUAAUCCGAAGAUCUUCUACCUAGUUCCCGAUCUACUGGAAGAAAUCAUCCUUCGAUUACCGUUGAAAUCCAUCCGCAAAUUCAAAGCCGUCUCAAAAGGAUGGAGAUCAAUCGUGGAAUCGAAGAGUUUCGUGGAGAGGCGUUCGCGUAUGAGUCUUCAACAGAGCCGCCGCCAAAUCCUUGCUGCUGGAGGAGUAGAACGGAGGAGCGAGUCGCGAUUCCAAGGUGACGAAGAGGUCGAUGUGGUCUACCUACACUGCGACGACGUCACACGACCUUCGCUGACAUGUGACGGUUUAGUUUGCAUCCCCGUACCGGGUUGGGUCAAUGUUCUGAACCCUUCCACCGGAGAUAUCAUUAGAUUCCCUUCCGGUCCUGAUCCAGUGACCCGCCGCUAUUCAGACAUACUAAAUCAAUUCACAGACGAAUUGAUUGGUUUAGAAGAAUUGAAAAUCACCUGUAUGAAGAAUUGGUAA